AAUUUUAAUAUAGGUUAGGACAAGAAACAAUAAUGUAUAAACGUAUCUUGAAAUUUGACAAAUACAUUGCUCUUUUUUUCUGGAGAUCUAAAAAUGGAGAACAAUACAAUUCCUGAAGAAUCUAAUAAAUGGCUGAUCAUUAAAAAUGAACAAGGAUUUGUUAAAACAGCUACUUGUGAAAAAAAUGAAACUCAAGUAUAUGAUAAAACAAGAGAUUGGGUAGUUACUGAAUGUGAUUCAAAUAGCCACAAGUUUAAUGGAAAUAUAAUGGUCUCAAAAAAUAUAGCGAAAUUCUUUAUAAGAGAUUUUUUGGAUGCUAAAGAAGUAAAUGGUUGCUUUAUUCAUAAAAAUAUUGAAUUUACGUCUGUGUACAUUUGUGGCCAAGUGGUUGAUAAAUAUGCAAGUUCGGAGUAUUACUUCAUAGAUGUGGAUGAUGGUACAAGUUCAAUUAAAUGUUUAAUAUCAAUGAGUAAUUUAGCUUACAUGAAGCAAUCAAAUAAAGGUUUAGAAACAUGUAGAAGCUGGAUGGAAGAAAAUAAACACACUGAAACUUGUUUACUAAAGGCAGCUAGAGUUUUAAUGUCUUCUUUUGAUUAUAUGCAGAGAUCUAUACCAGAUUUCCAUGAAUUACAACUAGGAGAUACUGUUCAAAUAAUUGGUACAUUAAGGCAAUAUACACAUGGUAGAAAUGUAUUUAUUAAAAGAAUCAACAGAGAGUUAUACAAUCCUCUUAUUUUUAUGUCACAUUUAGAAGAAAUGAUUUAUUUAUAUCGUGAAGUGUACAGUCAAGAAUAA